AUGAACCCUAAAUCGUUAGCGCAAUUCGCAUUCCACUUGGCGGCUUUUGUCAGUAUCGCGUUUGUUGCUUCCAUGUUUGUUUUACCGUUUAUAACCGUAUCAUUUGUGCUUUCGUCGAUGACUGUUGGUUUGUCAUUUGCCAGUCGUUCGUUCUUCCAGGUGGGUAUGUUCUUUUACGACAGAUUUGUAAUGUUCUUGCAAGUUCAAUUGAGAAGCAUGAUUGAACAAAUGCCUUCGAACCAGCCUACAGGAUAUAAUUUGAAGAAACCAGCCAAGCCUGCCGCUGCUACUGCCGCUGCCGCCGCCGCUACUGCUACUGCUACUCCUUCUAGUGCGAAUGCCGCUGAGAAUGUCCCUGUAGUUACCACAGAGUCGCUAAUUGCGGAGGAACCAAAUAUCGACAGAUUAUUGAUAAAGAAAAGCCAACCUCCAGUGCCAACUGAGACUCUGGGGGCCAAUAUCCCACUGCAUUCCAUUGAGGAAUCUCUUUUGGACACUGCUUAG